AUGGUCGAAAGAGCGAGUGCACGGAGUUGUAAGAUGGUAUUUUUUCCGGAGUGCUUCGAUUUCAUUGGUCGAACUAAGGAGGAAAACAUCAACUCGGCGACAGAGGAGAAUGGUCCUUUCAUAGAGCGAUUCAGAUCCUUAGCUAAAGAGCAUGGCGUUUGGCUCUCCCUCGGCGGUUUUCACAACAAGGACCCGUCUGGUCCUCAGAUGCCCUGGAACUCUCAUAUAGUCAUUGACAGUGAGGGCGCGACAAGAGCGUUGUAUAACAAGCUGCAUCUUUUCGAUCUGGAAAUCCCAGGAAAAGUGAGACUUAUGGAAAGUGAAUUCAGCAAAGGAGGUGACAGGAUGGUCCCACCCGUAGAUACUCCAGUUGGACGACUUGGCCUGUCCAUUUGCUAUGAUCUUCGAUUUCCUGAACUAGCUCUCUAUAAUCGUUACAAGGGUGCAGAGAUUCUUUCCUAUCCAUCUUCUUUCACGCUCAAUACCGGUUUGGCACAUUGGGAGCCCCUACUCCGAAGUCGAGCAAUCGAGACGCAAUGCUACGUGGUGGCAGCUGCUCAGACCGGAAAACACAACGAAAAGCGGUCAUCCUACGGUCAUUCGAUGGUGAUUGAUCCGUGGGGAGCUGUGAUAGCGCAGUGCUCAGAAAGAAUCGAUAUGUGUUUCGCUGAAAUCGAUCUAUCCUAUGUCGACGAACUCCGGAAGAUGCAACCAGUUUUUGCUCAUCGACGAUCCGAUCUAUACUCACUGCAUGUGAAUGAGGAGGACAGCGGUGAGGAUUGA